ACUAAAAAUAACAAGAGAAGUACUAAAGAAGUACAAGACAAAUUACUAAAAAAAAAACUAGACAAAGCUAAAAUUAAAAUACUGUUAAUAAGCAAGAAGACAGAUAAAAGAUAUCUAGAAGACCAA